GUGUGAAAGCUUAUAUGUAUGUGCAAAACACUGAAAAAAGGAAACGCAUGGGUGAUAGGUCGGGCUGUCUGCAGUGUCUGAGAAGCAGGGAAGCCACAGCAAAUACGACUGAAACUGUGACACAAUUUUUGAGCUUCACAAGCUCCAAACACGACCAAAAAGACGACAGGCAGAAGCAGGUAGAUUCUGAAGACUUCGAGAGCUCUGAGAGAAAUGGAGAACCUGGCUGUGUUUCACGGGCCAAUCGGGAUGGGAGAGGGAGAGAGGAGACUGGCCCAAGACGGACGCGAUGGGUGCUACCUGGUCCGGACUAGUGACUCUGUGCCUGGGUCCUACUGCCUCUGUGUGCUAUGCGGAGGAUACGUUUACACUUACAGACUGCACAAAGACAGCCAGGGUUCGUGGGCAGCAGAAACCUCUCCCGGGGUGCAGAAGAGAUAUUUCCGCCACAUCAAGAGCCUGAUCAGUGCCUUCCAGAAGCCAGGCCAGGGUCUCGCCAUGCCCCUGCUGUACCCUGUCACCGCGGAGCUGAGGGGGCAGGCUCGCAGGGGGGCUGACAGGGGCGGCGACAAGGGCACCAACAAGGGAGCUGACACACCUCCCAACGCUUUCAAAUUCACACCGGGUGCUCCUCCACGCCUCAAAUCUGCACCGUCUACACCUGCUUCGCUCUGAGAACACACAGACUGUUUAGGGACAGACCCCGAUCACCACAAGCUCAAUAUGAACUUUAUGAGUCAGGACUGUCGCCAUGGAGACUUCUCUGCUGUAAUGACUGUACAACGCAUUUCCUAUAAAUAAUGGAAAUUUCAAAAACAAGACUCUGAGUUUGUGAGAUCCGUUAAAUGUGUUAUCUUAUUUUGAGUAUCAGAUCAGAACUAUUUGCGUUUUGGUGUAAAUGUGAUUUUUGUCAACAUCUUUUUCUUCUAGCUUCAUUUUGCAAAAUUAGCAGCAAAAUUAUCCUCAUUUGUUCAGAGGGAGGUCAUUAAGAACAAAAGAUGUCUUGAGUUUAAAUAAGAUACUUAAAGCUGUGGCCAGAUUACCACCUUUGAAACCUUUGUUGCUAUAUAACUUUUUUAACUUCUUCAAAUUCUGUUCCGCCAGAAAGUAUAAUAACAGCAAAACUUUGUUCCUUGUGAAACUUGCCAAAUGCUGCAUGUAAUAAGACAUAAACAUAAACAUUUUCUGAUCUAAACUUGAAAGAAAGACCAGUAAUACUCUGACAUGAGAGCUGAUUGGCUGUACUAGCGAUUCCUUAGAGCUGUUCCAUUUACACUGUUUGAAAAUCAGGUCCCAUGUUUUUAAAAAAAAACAAAUUAUUAUAUUAUAUUAUCAAAAUGACUCUUGUGACCUUUAAAACAUGUUGUAAUGUUGUUACCUCCUCAAAAACAAACCUGGAGUUGUGUUAUGUUUCAUUCUCACAUUUUUGAGUAAUCCCGCAUAAUUAGUCAAGCCCAAAAUGCUCAGUUUCACCUUGUGAUGUCAUCAAACUUAAAGUUAACAGCGACCUUUUACCUGUAGUUCAGUAGAGAUUGGCAGUUCCAGGGCUGAAAUUAUGCUUUUAUUAUUAUUAUUAUUAUUAUUAUUAUUAUAUAUGGUGUAUGGAUUUCAAAAACACACUGGAGCACUUCCUGUAUUCAGAUUAGAACUAGCAUAAUGUAGAUAAGGCAAGUUCUAAUAUUCAUGUUUGAAAGAAUAAAAAAAGAAGGCUUAAAAUAAUGUGCUAACCCAAAGUAAAGGUUCCUUCCUGUUUCUCUGAAUUGUUAUGAAGAAAAAAAGUCUUAAUAAAAAUAUAUAUACUUUUUAAUGUGGACACCCUCACUUCAUUUUUAACCACCCACUUCCUUGUUGUAGAUGUUCUGCUUUUCAAUGUGUGGUUAUAAGUUUUCCUAAAGCAAUAUUCCCACGCCGUAAAGAGAAAAGGUACAGCACAGAAGUAGGCAGAAAAUAUGCAAAUCCAUACCUCCAGUCUAAAUCUGUUCUUGGCUGCGUGGGUUAAAUCGCCAUAACAACUGUCUUUAAAUAACACGCCUGCAGGAACUCAGAUCUGUACUGCGGUGUUUUUGUUGUGCAUUUGAGUUUUUAUUAUAUUUUUGUCUCAUAACUGAAUGUAAAAUAUUAAAAUGCGGCAACGUUAAUAUCCCAUACUGCGAGCUGACAAUAUUGUGCUGUGCUUUCUUAAUGUGAUUCUGUUCUGUGAGCGGGAAAGAAAAUAAAUCUGAUUGGUUUCAAUAAA